AUGUUCGAUGGAAACAUAUUUGACGUAGCUGUACCGACGCAACAACGUCAGCCAAAGAAAUUGUCAUUCGAAGAAAUGGGAAAUGAGUUGCUCAAUGCAAUGCAGGGUACACUUAUUUGUCUUGAUAAUCAUCAUAUCAUCGUUGAUGUAUCAAAAACAGUGAAGCAAUAUUUUGGUUUCGAAAAGACUGAAAUCAUCGGCCUAUCAAUCUUAUUACUUGUCGAAGACACUGAAAGAGACCCCUUUUUCAAAUUUCUCAAUAGUAUAGCUCAACCUAAUGAUGUACAUUGCGUUCGUAUGAUGAAUAGUAUAUCUGAAUACCGACAAGUGAAAAUCCAACGGAAGAGAAAAGUCAGACAAGACGCAAUCGAUGUUCACUCAACAACACCAAGAUACAGUAGUUCCAUUGAAACCAUUCUCGUGGUUACUUUAGAAGAUUCCUCCUAUAUUGACAUCACUCUCUAUGAUAUUCAUAAAUCGGAAUUCUACACCAAAAUGAACUUAGUCGGUGAGAUCAUUUUGGAAGAUCAUCGCGGUGCUUUGAUAACUGGCUACCUCCCACAUGAACUGUACUCUCAAUCAAUCUUCAAUUUUGUUUAUCACGAAGAUCGGCUAGUUAAAUUACAUGCGCUAUGGAAAUGUGUAACAACUGGCUCUAGUAAGUUACAAUGGCGCUUAAAUGCACGUGAUGGUUCAUUAGUUUUCCUUCAAACUGAGUAUAAACUGAUAUCCGACGAGAAAAAUCAUGAUAUCAUUACCGCGCGAAAUGAAGUUCUAAGUCCGGUACAAGUUUCUCAAUUUGAUGAAUUGCAAACCGCAUGGAAACAUCAGUGUGCAGCUGAUAUCAAAGGAAAUAGUUCAUCUUUCAAAAUAAUUUCAUCAUCUGAUAGAGAUGCAACACCGAUAUCAAAUGGGGAAUGUCGUAUUUGUGUUCCUUCGCUGAAUAUGUGUUUUAUAACAAGUAAACUACAGCCAUUGAAUUUACAAGGAAACAUUUUCGAUGCUUCGAAAACCACACGUCCGUUGACUAUACAAGACUAUAUACACAUACUGAUCGAUAAUGACAAACAAACGGAUGGUGAAAUAGCAAAUAUGGUUAAUAGUAUUCAAUUGUUAACUGCACGCUAUCGACGUUUAAACGAUAUGGAAAGAAAGCCAAACGACUCUUCAGAUGUAUCAACUGAUGAGAAAUUUCAAUCGGAUUCUUUAUCAUCUUUUACUGAACCAUUUUCUCGACGGAAAAAUGAUUCCGAUUCUAUCGUACGCGGAAUACUGAAUAAUUCCGCGAAAUACAAUCAUGAAAAUCAAUCCGGCGAUUCAGCAACAACGGCGAUUAAUCGGCUUCUCCAUACCAACGGGAGUAAUCUGCCCAAUGGUAGUACAAGAUCAUCAACAGCAGCGACGACAGGUCAUGUUCACCCAAACCAAUCGAAGCCACAUUCAGCAUCACAUAAUUCGGAAAGUCUUUAUCAACAGCAUGUCGAUUUCUUGAGAAAAUAUAAAGCAGCGAAAGUCAAAUUAGAAUCUCAAUUAGAACUUCAUCGCAGUCAAGACGGAAUGAAAUCUAACCAAACAAGUGAUGUGGCGAAACGAAAUGCAACAUUGAGCAAAUUGUCUCAAUUAGAAAUUAUCAAAACUAAACAUCUAGCACGUCUACACGAUGGUCAACGACAUGUAACCACAACUGCGGUUCCUGUAAAUAACAACGAGCAAAAAGAUUUCUUGAACAGCCUCUUUUCUUCAUCGCCUAACUCCAAUGGACUACUGUCAACAGACAAUACAUCCUUACCAUCACCGUUGUUUCCUUCAACUAACGAGCAAUCACCAUCCUACUCUUCAAAUUUUCAAUAUCAGCGAAGCUCCUCUCAACAAUUUGAUUCGAGACAAUCGCCGGCAUACAUAGAUGUUAAAACUCCGUUCUUCGAUGAAUUGUCCAUACCACCACCACCUCCACCACCACCUCCAUCAUCAUCUUCUUACAUACCAGUGAAUAACACAUCAACAUACGUGAAUCUUACAUCGAACGAUCCAAUAAAUUCUUCAUUCUUCUCUAAUCAACCGCAACAUCCAGCCUAUCGUUACUGA